GGAUAACUGGGAUGAUGAAGAGGAGGAAUUAAAGAAAGCAGAAGAGAAAAAAGCAGGUAUUUUAAACCAGUUAUGAAUUGAACCAGUGAGAUCCUACUAAUAUUCAUUUUAAUACAAGCUCAAUCAUAUAUAUUUUUUUCCAUUUGUCUUUGUAGCGGAGACAAAACUUUCGGAAAAGAAGAAAUUAGCUGAAAAAAUCAAAGAAAAGGAGAGUUUACAAAGGAAAAAACAAGAAGAGUUGAGAAAGAGGGUUAGUGUGUUUUUGCAUGCAGGGGUUUUUGCUUGUCGGUGCUGUGAAGAUGACCAUGACCAACCAACCUACUGCAACUAGUUUGCUUCUCAAAAUUCAGCGGAAACUUGACUUUUGCUUUAUCAAAUCAAAGUUUAUUUCAAAUCACUAGAAGAGCCUAUCAUUUGGCUUGGGUCCAUAUUAGGAAACUAACUAACUGUAUUGCAUCCGGUUUUCCAGACCCAGAUUAAGCCUCUAAAAUCACCCCCUAACGGUUUCACACAGCGUCCAUGAAUGACAAGUCAUUGUCUGCCGGAUCUGAAAUUAUAUUUCUUGUUUGUUAGUUAGAGGAAUCCCAGGAAACAGAACUCUCACCGGAGGAUGAGCUAGCAGAGAAACUCAGAGUGAAGAAGCUACAGGAGGAGGCUGAUCUGCUAUUGGCUCAGGAGGCUUUCGGUAAGAGACCUGUAUUACAGGAGGAAGUGUAAGUCUCUGAAUAAGAGCGUCUGCUAAAUGGCUCAAUGUACAGGAAAAGGAAAACCUGUUUGUCAUGAGCUGGUCAGUAAGCAAAUAAUGGUAAUGCAUAGAGCCAUAUAUAUAUAUAUAUAUAUAUACACACACACAAAAGUAUGUGGACAACCCUUCUAAGUAGUGGAUAUGGCUGACAGGUGUAUAAAAUCAAGCACACAGCCAUGCAAUCUCCAUAGACAAACAUUGGCAGUAGAAUGGCCCGUACUGAAGAGCUCAGUGACUUUCAACGUGGCACCGUCAUAGGAUGCCACCUUUCCAACAAGUUAUUUCGUCAAAUUUCUGCCCAGCUAGAGCUGCCCCGGUCAACUGUAAGUACUGUUAUUGUGAAGUGGAAACGUCUAGGAGCAACAACGGCUCAGCCGCAAAGUGGUCGGCCACACAAGAUCACAGAACGGGGCUGCUGAAACACGUAGCGUGUAAAAAUUGUCUGUCCUCGGUUGCAACACUCACUACCGAGUUCCAAACUGCCUCUGGAAGCAACGUCAGCACAAUAACUGUUCGUCGGGAGCUUCAUGAAAUGGGUUUCCAUGGCGAGCAGCCACACACAAGCCUAAGAUCACCAUGCGCAAUGCCAAGCGUCGGCUGGAGUGGUGUAAAGCUCGCCGCCAUUGGACUCUGGUGAAGUGGAAACACGUUCUCUGGAGUGAUGAAUCACACUUCAACAUCUGGCAGUCUGACGAACGAAUCUGGGUUUGGCGGAUGCCAGGAGAACGCUACCUGCCCCAAUGCAUAGUGCCAACUGUAAAGUUUGGUGGAGGAGGAAUAAUGGUCUGGGGCUGUUUUUCAUGGUUCAGGCUAGACCCCUUAGUUCCAGUGAAGUGAAAUCUUAAUGCUACAGCAUACAAUGACAUUCUAGACGAUUCUGUCCUUCCAAAUUUGUGGCAACAGUUUUGGGAAGGCCCUUUCCUGUUCCAGCAUGACAAUGCCCCCGUGCACAAAGCGAGGUCCAUACAGAAAUGGUUUGUCGAGAUCGGUGUGGAAGAACUUGACUGGCCUGCAGAGCCCUGACCCCAACCCCAUCGAACACCUUUGGGAUGAAUUGGAACGCCGACUGUGAGCCAGGCCUAAUCGCCCAACAUCAGUGCCCAUCCUCACUAAUGCUCUUGUGGCUGAAUGGAAGCAAGUCCCCACAGCAAUGUUACAACAUCUAGUGGAAAGCCUUUCCAGAAGAGUGGAGGCUGUUAUAGCAGCAAAGGGGGGACCAACUCCAUAUUAAUGCCCAUGACUUUGGAAUGAGAUGUUCGACGAGCAGGUGUCCACAUACUUUUGGUCAUGUAGUGUGUGUAUAUAUGCAUGAUCAAUAUUUAAGGUUGACAGUCUACACAUUGCAGAUUCAUAGAAAGCUUUACAGAGAAUCUGUGAUAUAGCAGACAUUUUUCUAUAAGUAUCAAGAGGUUUAGACAUUGUCAACACAAGUUGUCAGUGGAACGCUUCAUAUCAUAGUGAUCAAAUCAUUUUCCCUUCCCAAAUCAGGUGUCGUCAACAACGUAAAAGGAAUUGAUGCAAUAAGCCCUUCUUCUAAAGAUGACUUCACAGAGUUUGAAAAGUUGUUAAAAGAUAAGAUAUCCCCUUUUGAGAGUUCCAUACACUACGCCGGUUUCCUAGAGACCUUGUUUCGAGACCUCUCUCUCUCAUGUGAGUAUUGAUUUUAAUAAUAUACAUUUCAAAAUUAACCAGUGUUGUUGGUCAUGCAUAUCAACUGUCAGUAGUGCUGUGUAUAUAUGAAAUCAUCUUUGGACUGUGUGCCUCAUGUUACAGUGGAAGUGGAGGACUUAAAAAAAGUCAGCACCUCCCUCACAGUCUUACUAAGUGAGAAACAGAAACAGGAAAAGGUACUUUUUUCUUUUCUUAUUUUCUUCAAAUGACAGACAAGACAUUUAUCACCAGUGUACAUGGUCUACUUUGACUGGUAUUCAGUCUUAUCCGGGGUCAUGUUCAUUAGGCAUCAAACGGAAGAAAACUGACUGCAACAGUGAGGUACUACCUGGAGUUGCGUGCCCUAAUGUAAAUGACCCUAAUGAAAUGUGAAUUCCUGUGAUUUAUAAAGUCCGUACUAAUCAUCCCUCCUUUAUUUCCAACAGCAGCUGAAUAAAGGGAAGAAGAAGAAGAAAGGAGUGCUUCCUGCCGGAGGGAUGAAGGUCAAGAUGAAGGAUGACCUGGCAGACUACGGCGAGUUCCAGGGAGGUUACGCACAAGACUAUGAGGACUUCAUGUGAUGUGACGCCAACCGACUGCCGAGUCCCAAAUGGCUCCCUAUGUAGAGCACUGUAUAGGGUGCCGUUUAGGAGUCUUCCACGGUCUGUCCCAUUCCCUCUCCGCUCUGCUCUGCUCGAUCCAGCCACCUCAGAACAUGACCUAUGACCUAUUCUACUGCCCAAAGCCAUCCAAUGAAAACCACCCUUGUGUCGCCAGCCGCACACAAAGUUGAUUUCUGAAAGAAGUGUUGAGUGGUUUGACGAAGAACAGGAACGUCUGAUCUCAACAUGGUUGUUUUUCCUCCUCCUUUAGAAAUGACUUCCCAAUAAGACUGUUCUGGAUACCAAAAAUGUUUCACCUCCCAUGUUGAGGUGCAAAAACACAGCAGCAUACUCGUGUUUUUCCCAAUCCUAGAAUGAAUUCAAUUUGAUCUUUUAAUAGAAAUGGUCUGUCAACAAAAAAUGAAUUGUUACUGUUUGACGAAGGAAAAUACAUUUUGUGUUCCAUUAUUUUUCUCAAGUAUUAUUAAAGAAAUGUGUUUUACUCGAAGGAUGGCUGUUGGCAUUCCAAAAUAUAACCUGCGUUGUUUUGUAAAGAAUGUCAUUUUGGUGCUCAUAUAUUCCAUAUAUGGGAAUAUAUUUAUCCUUGACAUCACAUAGUAUUUGCAGGAGAAAAUGUCCUAAAAAGACGAGGAGCUUAGGACCACUUGAGAAAAGCCACGUUGCGAUGAACAUGUUGGGUACAUUUAGGAAUAUGUUUGCAUGGUUACAUAGUCUUGAAAUAUUUUUUUUGUAAAUACCUAAAUUCCUUGUUUUAUAGGAUGGUUAAAGAAUGAUUACUUCUAGUUGUAAGGGGGGAUAAUAUUGCCUUGAAUUUCUUCCCCCCUACAUUAUUUUAAUUUUCUAGGAAAAUAAUUAAAAUGUUACUAUGAAGAAAUCUAAGGUUAGGAAGUAUUGAAGCCACAAGUCAAUGUGUGAACAUAGGCCCAUAUACUGCUGAAGUGAAUAUGAUGUAACUAUAGUCUUAAGAAAUGAUGGCGCUGGAAAAUAAUCUGUGAUGUAGCAUUUCAAUACAUAGCCAUAGGGUACCUCCAUGUCAAUGAGAAAACACGGCGUUGGAACAUUUCAUCCUGGGCCUAGAUUCACAAAGCGUCUCUGAGUAGAUAUGCUGAUCCAGGUUCAGGUGCCCCCCUCGUAUUCAUUAUGAUCAGGAAGGCUAAACUGAUCCCAGAGCAGCACUGCUACUCUGAGAACCCAGUGUAUUGUAUAAUCACUUCCACUGAGUUGAAUGCAACAAUCAUUCUAGGUCUCCUUGGCAUAACUUUGCACGGCUUGUAUCAAGUAAGGUGA